AUGUAUCUCCUUGGUGGCACUGCGAAUCAUGCGCUAACCAUGGGAAUACAUGAAGCAGCACAUAAUUUAGGCUUUCGAAAGCCGCUGUAUAACAAACUCCUCGGUCUAGUGGCGAAUUUACCACUCUGUGUGCCAUCUUCUAUCUCGUUUAAACGCUAUCAUCUCGACCAUCAUCGAUAUCAAGGAGAAGAUGGACUGGAUGUGGAUCUCCCGACGGAACUUGAAGCUCAGUUCUUUACGACCAAGACGAGAAAACUCGUGUUUGUGCUUUUCCAGCUCUUUUUCUACGGCUUACGUCCCUUCCUCGUGAAUCCAAAGGUCCCUGGAGGAUGGGAAUAUCUCAAUUCUUUCGUCUGUGGGUGCUACAAUGUGCUCAUUUAUUGCUACGGUGGACUUGCUGGGGUCGGCUAUUUACUCUUGAGUACAAUCUUUGGAUGUGGCCUUCAUCCCGUGGCGGGUCAUUUCAUUGCAGAACAUUAUGAAUUCCUGCUCGGGUAUGAAACUUAUUCGUACUAUGGGAUUCUAAAUCUCGUGACGUUUAAUGUUGGCUUUCAUAAUGAACAUCAUGAUUUUCCAUUCAUUCCUGGCUCGAGACUUCAUCAAGUACGUGCGAUGGCACCGGAAUUUUACGACCAGUUACCAUAUCAUACGUCCUGGAUCAAGGUCAUGUUUGAUUAUGUCAUGAAUGAUAAGAUUACGGCCUAUUCACGUGUUAAGCGGCACAAUCUUACGGACGAAGUCAAGGAAAAGAUUACGGGAAGGAUCAAGACUCAUUAG